ACCAUUCUCUCUCACUCCUGAAUAAUUAUAAAUAAAAAGAUAUUUUUACCUCUCUCAAAUCUAAAAAUGGAAGCAGACAACCGCCGGCCUUGAUUCCGUCGCCUAUUACAAAAAAGCAAGCAAUUUGAAAACUAAACUCAAAGAAGCUGAAAUUUGAUAGUAAUUACUCAAGUAAUUAGUGAUAUGUUAGACCUAAUUAAUCUGAUGUCAAAUUAUACGGAUGAAAACGGAAACUGUAAACAGUUACUAGACGGUCAAUUAGAAUAUUCCGGCGCUACAUCCAAUUCAUCUGUGGUAAAUGCGGAUAACAACGGCGACGAACAGCACUCCUAUUCGUGUUCGGAUCGCGGUUAUAAGUUCGAUAUUUUGAAACCGAGUAAUCGAGAAGAUGAUGAUGAUGAUGAUAAUGAUGAUUUAAGGUCAAGGAAUGUGGUAACUGAGCAACUGCUGUUUCCGGAGAUUUGUGGCGGAGAUGAUCAGAAGGAAUUUAUGUUAAGGCAAAAGCAGCAACAUAAGCAGCAGGUUAGGAAGAGUAGGAGAGGACCUAGGCCUCGUAGUUCGCAGUAUCGUGGUGUUACGUUUUAUCGCAGAACUGGAAGAUGGGAAUCGCAUAUAUGGGAUUGUGGGAAGCAAGUUUAUUUAGGUGGAUUUGACACUGCACAUGCUGCUGCAAGGGCGUAUGAUCGGGCCGCAAUUAAGUUUAGGGGACUUGAUGCUGAUAUUAAUUUUAAUAUAAGUGAUUACGAGGAAGAUCUUAAACAGAUAAAGAACUUGACAAAAGAAGAGUUUGUGCAUAUUCUUCGCCGCCAGAGCACCGGGUUCUCUAGGGGAAGCUCAAAAUAUAGAGGAGUUACCCUGCAUAAGUGUGGUCGAUGGGAAGCCCGAAUGGGGCAAUUUCUCGGGAAAAAGUACAUCUACCUUGGCUUGUUUGACAGUGAAAUAGAAGCUGCUAGGGCUUAUGAUAAAGCUGCUAUAAAAUGCAAUGGAAAAGAAGCAGUCACCAACUUUGAGCCCAACUCAUAUGAGGGGGAGUUACCUUCCGUCACCGAUAAUGAAGCCUACAUCCAAACUGUGGAUUUAAAUUUAGGUAUUGCUCCUCCCUCUUUAACAGAAGGUAGUAACAAGGCAAAUGACAACUUGGGGACCUUGCACGAAAUCAAUAGUCUUCUUGGCGACAUGUCUGAAGGUGGAAGAACAAUGACAAAACACUCGACACCCUUGACAUUGGCAACUCAAAUGUCUCAUGCCCACCCUCCUAACCAGAAUGGUGUUGUGACUACUGGUUUAUUCCCUAUUUACCAGGGAACAGCAACAGAGAAGAGAAUGGGAUCUCCUCCAAAUUGGGUAUGCCCGGUUCAAGGUCCAUACACAGCUCCCCUCUUCUUUGCUGCAGCAUCAUCAGGAUUCGGUAAUACAACAAACACUGCUUCAUCAUCAUUAUCAGCUGCUGCUCAUUAUCAACCGCGAAUUCACCAUCAUUACAAUUCGUCCAUUAAAAGUACUGGUGACGUGCCCCAUUAUUAUUACUUUAAACGUUGAACAUAGAGAACACUAGUACACUACUUAGAUUAAGCGACACAUGGUGAUAUGAUUCAUUUUAUAACACGUGAUAGGCAUUGGAUUGACAUAUUCUUGUAUACAACUUUCUAAAUCGUUUGAUAAGUUCAGGGACUAUGCCAAUGAAAAACCUUUAAUCCUUGCACCAUGAUUAGCUAGUUGUCAAUAAACAAAAUGUGGUUGAAGCAUGCAUGACUUUGUACUUGGGUAACAUAUAAACAUCUGCAAUACAAUUUGGACAUUGAUUAUUCAAUAAA